AUGGGUGAUUUGAUUGGAAUUUGCUUCGAAUGUUUCUGUGAUAUUUGUAUAGCACCUCUGCUUGAAGAGUUUUGUCUCGCUUGCUGUGACUUAUGUGAUUGUUGCGAUUGUUGUGAUUGUUGUGAUUGUUGUGAUAAUAAAAAGAGCAAAAAGAAACAUUCUAAUAAAAGCGAGCAUUCUGCUGAUGAAGAAGAAAAUAAAGAGAAAGACAAACCAACAGAUAAUAAGGACAAUCAAAGUAAUCAACAAGAAUUACAACAAACACCUAUCAACCAACCAAAUUAUGGCUAUGAAAAUCCCCAGCAAAACUAUUGUUACCAACAACAAUCAUACCAAGGAUAUCCUAUUCAAAACCAAUAUGUCCAGCCACCUCCAGACCAAUAUAUACAACCACCACUUCCUCCAGACCAAUUUACACAACCACCACUUCCUCCAGACCAAUUUACACAACCACCACCCCCUCCUCAACAACCUUAUUAUGCACCACCACCUCCUCCUCAGCAAUAA